CUGAUAAAAGUGUAUCAAAUGGAUCCAAAGGUGCUGUGUUUGCAUAAAAAACUUGAAGUUGAUCUUGCUGAAUGUGUAAAUCCAGAACAAAAUCAUCCAGCGGACAAAAAAUUUUUGAAUUUGACAACGAGAUUGAGGAAUUGUCGAAUGGAAGAUAUGACGUUGAAGUUAAAGCCAAGUUUAAGGAACUUUUCUUGUAGACACUCGGCAUUGAGCUGA